GAACAAGUACACAAUGAACAAAUCGAUGUAAGAGGUGUAGUGAAAGCAACCGAGCAAGUAGCACGAAAGUCGAAACUAUAAUCGAAGCCGAAACCGAAACCCGAAACCGAAAUGAAAUUUGAUUACAAGAGGAAAGCAAAAGGAGCCUAAAUAUCCAUGUCAGCACAAUCAAGUGGGGCCCACUCCGCCACCGCUACCAAACUUUCCGUCUCCUUUUUACCCCUCCCUCUGUUUUUCAUUUAAUUAUUUCCCAACUCCCACAUUCACAAUUUCUCUCUCUCUCUCCUCUCUCUCUCUCUCUCUCCGAUUCUGCAAAGGCUCUCACGUAUUAUCUAUUUGUAUAGGGAGGCCGCUCCAGUAGGAGCUUCAUUAACAGUGAUCGAGCAACUUUGUUUUCACGUUCGGAAUUUGGAGAUCCGUGAAGUUUCUCACAGCUAUUCAACAUAAUCAUUACCAACGAGAUGUCAUAUUUAUGCUGCUCUCAAAUAAUUUUGAUUGCCAUAUAUUCUUAUCCCCCCCACUGAAAGAGUUCAUUUCAUCUGGUUAUUUUGAUUAGUGACUGCAUUGACAAAAAUUGGUUAGCGGAGGUAUUCCGACAUGUCUAGUUUUGUCAAAAGUAAGAAUGCGUCGAAAAGUCUGUCAACUUCGUCUGGCCCUAAAUCUCAUGCACGUCAGCCUUUAAUAUCAUUAGCAUCGAAUAAGUGGGGAAUUGGAAAGGGAGCUGGUGGUCAGGUGGUGUUGUUUCUUAUAAAAACUGUUGCAUUGGAGGCUGUACGGAGAUUUUCAAGGGCCAAGUGUCCGGUUCUAUGGACUGGGCUGCAAGGUUUGCAAGUUCUUUGCUACCCCCCACUGAAAUGGAUUCAGCGCUGGAAUUGUUUCGGGUUCUUGGUUAAAGGAAUGCAGAUGAUAUCCCGUCCGCUAUUGGUUCUCUCGGUUGUGAAUGCCUUCACUGAUCCUUCAGACUGCAGUAAUUUUUUCUUCGAUGAUGACGAUAAUCCUCCUAGUGUUGCUGACACUCAAGUGGAUUCAGAAUCUUUCACAAGAUCCCCAUCUUUAGAGUCUAAUCUGAACAUGAGCGUUGGUGAUGAAAAUCCUCAAGGCCUUUUGUCUACAGACUGGAUGAACAACCUUUGUGAAGAGCUGGGAAAUCAGGGUAUUACUUUGCAUGAAAGGUUUAACAAAGAGGAACUCCAUAGAUUUUAUGAAGCGGCAAAUGGUGAUCCAUCCAGCUUGCUAUCAUCUGUAAAGAAAACAAUACGUUGGAGGGAAACUUACAGAAUUCUCUCUGGAGAGGAACUUGAGAUGUGGUCAAAUAUGGUCUUCUGGCAUGGAUUAGAUGUGAAGAAUCGACCCUGUCUUAUUGUCCGUCUUGGCCUGGCUUGCACCAGCUUGCCAUCUCAUGAUAGACCUCGCUUUGCUCAGGCAGUUGUAUCUCAGGUGGAGCAUGGUGUCCUGCAUUUGGUGGAUGGAGAAAAUCAUCAAAUAUCUGUUUUACUGGAUUGUCAAGGGUUGUCUUCCUUGAAAUUUCCCAUGCAGACGAUGAAAUAUUGUUGUAAUCUCUUGCAAGAUCACUUCCCUAAUGUUUUGGGGAGCUUAGUUGUCAUACGGCUUCCUUCAGUUGUUCGUGUUAUUGCUCAAACACUUAUACAAGUUCUGAAACCAGCCACCAAGAAGAAGCUAAGAAUCGAAGGUGGGGCGUAUCAAAAAGUUAUCUCCGAGUGUUUUCAAACACUUCCAUCGUAUCUCGGUGGAGAAUGCACUUGUACAAGAUGUACCAAAUUUGACACCGACAGUUUGCCGCAAAUUUUGGAUAGUCCGACCAGCACUAGAGAGUCAUCGGUUUCAGACAUAGUCGUGGCUGAGGAUUUCCCAUCAGUGCCAACUACUCUUCAGUAUGAUGAUGUGAACACAGACGGUUACUUCAGUCGAGCAUUAAGGACUGCUGUUAUAGGCAUUCUCAUUGUCUGGGUAUUGAUUGCUUUUCUUGAGGGAUUAUACGAUCCCGAAAGCCGUCCGACUCUACACAUGUGAUGCAUGAGAACUGUUUUUCUUCAUCUCUGCGGUGGUGAUAUUUUCUCAAGAAAGCCUGGGGCAUCAUGCAUCAAGGUAAUAAUAAUAUUUUUAUACUUGGUAACUAUACAUGUUUUGUUGAUUCGGUCAAGUAUUUGAAAGACGUAUAAUGGAACAGUAAACUUCUCCUUCAGCCUAUGUUGUAUUUGUCCAUCUUGCUAGAAGAUAUAUGAUGCAGUUGCAGCUAUAUAUUAUGGUGUUUAAUAGUGAAAUGUGUAUGGUCUUUUGAAUUAAUUUAUAUAUUAAGGGCAGGCAUGCCCGAUGUUCCUAAAUUUUGUUAGUUUCCGGUCA